AUGAGCCCGCACCUCCGCCUCCGCCUCCUCCUCCUCCUCCGCCAGGGACUCCACGUAGAAGACGAGAUGAUGCUGGCCGCGGAGCUGCGGUGUCACUGCAUCCGGACUGUCACAGGACUAAUGCUGCCGAAGCACCUGGCCAACGUAGAAAUCAUUCCUAAGGGCCCACACUGCAACGCUGUGGAAAUCAUAGCAACACUGAAGAACAGCCAGCAAAUCUGCUUAGAUCCCCAGGCCAAAUGGGUGAAGAUGAUAAUUAACAGGAUUCUACACAGCUGCACCUACGACACCGAGGUGAGGAUGGAGAAUAAUGGCUACAUAGCAAUAGAUGUAGUUAAGGCCAUUACUAAGGAUCGUCGAGACGUUCAAACCACCUUUGGCUUCCCGAGUAGUCGGAGGGAUCAGUGGAAGGCGCGACUAGCGCGUGGGAUGAGUGCCUCCUGGUGGCCAGCUUCCCAUAGGGCAUCGCCAACCAGGGAAGGCAAACGCUUGCCUUGGAGUUAUCCUGAUACAGUCACAGGCUUUCCCUAUAAACGCAAGGUGAAGGCACAGUCCGCGUUACUGAUGCGCACCUUAAGUCAGUCACGGCACACAGUAACACACAUGCACGCACACGACCCGACCCAGAACGUACGGACGAAGGAGAACCCGUCCGGCCCCGAGCAAUGUUCUGCACUGCCGCCUUUUCCCCUUGCGAACCAGCGCUUCCGAACUGGAGUCGAGUGA